UCAUGUGACCUUAGCAAAGCUGUUCUGAAGUUGGAGGAAAAUGGCACACUGCUGCUUUGCCCUCGUCCUGGGACUGUUGGGAUGUCUCCUUCUGUCAGAGGGUGCAGUUUUUCUUAAUCAGGAAAAGGCAAGUUCUGUCUUGCACCGAUAUAGAAGAUACAAUUCUGGAAAAUUGGAAGAGUUUCUUGAAGGGAAUCUUGAACGAGAGUGCAUUGAAGAAAUAUGCAAUUAUGAAGAAGCCCGAGAAGUUUUUGAAGAUGAUGUUAAAAUGGGGGAAUUUUGGAGGACAUAUUUUGUGACUUGCUCAACAAACAAUGGAGGUUGUGACCAGAUUUGUAGAAAUGACCUAACAGGAAGGGCAGCUUGUUCCUGCAUUGAUGGAUACAAGCUGCUAGAAGACAAGAAGUCCUGUGAACCAUCAGGGCCCUUCUCUUGUGGAAGGAUUACACUGCCAGAGGCCAUAAAACCCAGGCUCAGCCCCUCACAGAACCUGAGCUGCAUCAACAUUACGGAAGACCACCAAGUGAAGCUAAACGUUGCCCAGACAGCCCUCCUGAAAACAACUUUCAUACAAGACCGGGGUCAGUUUAAUAGCUGGAAAGGACAGGUUCCAUGGCAGGUUUAUAUGUUCAGCUUUCAGCGGAAAGGAUUCUGCGAAGGGGUGCUGAUCAGUGAUAAGUGGGUCAUCACAGCAGCACAUUGCCUUGAGUAUAAACCUCACACGAUCGUGGCAGGAGAGUACGACACCAAUUCUUUCGAACACACUGAACAGCCCCGUCGAAUCGUGAGAGUGGUCCAGCAUCCUCUCUACAACAACGCUAGCAAGUAUGAAAAUGACAUUGCUCUUCUGGAGCUAGAUUCGCCAUUGCCCCUGAGCAAAUACAUCACCCCAAUUUGCAUCGGGAACAAAGCGCUCACUGAAUACCUUCUGGAGCAUGGAAGAAGCAGUGUGAGUGGCUGGUGGAAGCUGGUCUAUUUACAUAAGACAGCAACUAUCCUUCAACAUGCAAACAUCCGAUAUGUUGACCAGGCCGAAUGUCUCCAGAAUGCUGAGAAUACUGAGAUCCGCCUUUUGUCCAAUAUGUUCUGUGCAGACCAUCCUACCUUUGUUACGAGGAUCUACCAUGGAAACAGUGGAGGCCCAUUUGCCACAGCCAUUAACAACACUUGGUUUCUAACAGGCAUAGCAACCUGUGGAGUGCAGUGUACUGGGAGCAAGCCGUUUGAUAUCUUCACUUCAAUAGCAGAUAUGACUGAGUGGAUACAAAAUGUGAUAAGGGAGCAGCAUUAAGGAAGAGGCAGAGCCACUGUCUAUCACUUCCCCAUUGUCUUCUGUCCAUGUGAGGGAGGAGAGAGAGAUGAUUCCUAAUUUCUUUCUCACUUCCAUCUAACUAAAGUACACGCACACACGCACACACACAAUUGAUCAUGCUUCGUGCUGGGGGCAGAGAGGAAUAAUCUGCACUGAAAUUGGAUCUGAUUUGCACAGCAAUUAGCUGGAAACCUAAUAAAAAGUAGAGGUAGCAGAGCCCAGUGGGUAAAGCCCUUGGCUUGGAGAACCCAGACCAAUUUUUAGUCCCGUCCUUAGGAGUCCACCCAAAACCCACAACCACAUCUGUUUUCUAAGCACUGCUUACUUACCCCACUGGACUGUCAUGAAGGUAAAACACGGGAUUGAAAAAGAAGGUGGAAAAUUAGCAUGAGAAAUGUGUUGAAAUGCGAUCAGCAGUUCUGUAUGAUGAUGAAGUAUAAUGAAAGCAGAAAUAAAUGGCAGCAUGAAAAAAGCACCAAAGGAAAUGUUCUUAUCUUACUGUUUUAAUAAUGUGAAAUCACCAGUUUAAAAUACAGAUUUAAUAUUUGCUUGCAAGGACAUUGGUGGCCUCGAUCCUUUUUAU